AUGCUAAAAUCAUUAGAAUUGUGGCAUUGUGGAAUUCUUUGCGAAGACGGAACCCUUGAUAAUGCCGCAAGCGUGAAAAGAUUAGCCAACCAGGCAUUAGCCUAUGCCAAAGCAGGUGCCCAAGUUGUGGCUCCUUCCGACAUGAUGGAUGGUCGAGUGGGAGCUAUAAAAAGAAUUCUGAAUGACAAUGGCCUUGCCAGCAGAGUAGCUGUUCUUUCGUAUGCCGUAAAAUUUUCUUCUUGUUUCUACGGAUCUUUUCGUGACGUGGCCAAAUCAGCACCCGCUUUUGGCGAUCGGAGAGCUUAUCAGCUUCCGUCUAGCAGUACAGGAUUGGCUAUGCGGGCUGCUGAGCGCGAUGUUUCUGAAGGAGCGGAUUUUCUCAUGGUUAAGCCAGGAUUAGCUUACCUAGACUUGGUUCGUCAGGUCAAAGACAAAUACCCCAACCACCCAAUGUUCAUUUAUCAGGUUUCGGGAGAAUACGCAAUGCUUUACCAUGGCGAUAAAGCCGGUGCGUUCAACCUGGACACCAUGCUUAUGGAAAUUUUAUGCUGUAUGUGACGAGCGGGAGCCGACGUCAUUAUCACAUAUUUUGCUCCUAGGAUUUUGGAAUUAAUCUCCAAAUAAGUUUGUAGAUGGUAAAACAAAGCCAACAUUACAGUUGAUGAUGAUGAAA